AUGUCCUCCACCAACCUCGGGUUCCGCCCUACCCGGCGAGACAUCCUCCUCGUCCUUCUGACCCUCUCCACCUCCUACCUCCUCUUCACUCCUCGGCCGGACCCCUCCGCCUCCCCUCUCUCCCUUACCGCGCCCGCCAAGCCCAAAACCUACAUUCCGGACUGGUUAUGGCCCACCUCUGGACCGUCCACCUCUUGCCCUACAGGUACGGGAGUGAGGGAAGAGACCUUUGACGAGAGUAUACGGACCUACGGGUCCACGCACUUUUCAGGGAGGAUACCUGCCGAGGACAGGAUAGAGGGGUUCGAUCAGGGGAAUGAGGAUUUCGGGAUCGCUCAUCCCAGCGGAGAGGGGAAUGUAAAGGGGACGGAGGGAGAGUUGAGGGAUAUCAAGACGGAGUUGUUGGGUCAUCAGGCGGGGUGGACGUUGGCGGAUAGGCUGUAUGUCUUUAAUGGGAGUUUCUAUGUGGUCACAGAUAGACAGGAGGAAUGGCCAGAUCUCAUACAUAUGACCUCGACGGGCUUGCCAGCGGACAACGAGCCCGGGAACGCUGAAGCAAGAAAGCCGAAGGGUCGAGAGAUCAUCUUCAUCACGCCUACCGAGGCGGCCGAGCUAUGGGGACCAAGGGUGCUGCGGAUGGGCGGGAUGACUUGGCUAUUCAAUGACGGUCAAUUCAUCGACCACUACUACCACUUCUCAGCUGAGCUGCUGCUUGGCGCCUGGAGGGCUUAUGCGUCUCUCGACAAGAACAUUACGCCCAAGGGGGAAACUACGCUCCCUCCACCAAGACGCGCUUGGUUCUUGCAUCAGAACGCUGACCAAUGGCGCGACAAGCCCAGAUUCAAUCCGACUGUUCUUUUCUCCGCCUUCCCCUCCAUCGCCCUUUUGUACCCGCAAGACUGGGACGACCUCGCCCAGAUAACCAACAACUCGCACCCCCGGGCGUACAUGCUCGAGCGCGCCCUGCUCGCCGACCGCUCCGCCGCAUUCUACGGGGACUACACCGCGCCCACUUCGCGCACCGUCGCUUCUGCCCUUUGGGUCGGAGAGGCCAGUGUCUGGUGGUGGGAGCCCAUCCGGCGGCAGAUCUUGCGCGUUGCGGGCGUGCCCGAAGCUGUGCUCGACCGGAACAUGGAGGGAUGGGGCGCGAUCGAUCCGCCUGAGGCGGGGGAUAUGGAUAUCGACCGGACGGGCGGACUGAAGAAGGUGGGAGGGUAUAAGCCGGUCGUCACGUAUAUCAGCAGGCAGAGUUCGAGGCGGCGCCUGAAUAAGGAGAGCCACGAGGGGCUGGUCUUGGCCCUGGAAGCAAGUAGGGACAAGCUGGGCUUCGAGCUGCACGUCAUAGAGGCGGAGAAGCUGAGCAGGGAGGAGCAAUUGGCUCUGGCCGGGAAAACAACGAUCAUGCUCGGAGUCCACGGGAACGGAUUAACCCAUCUCCUCUGGAUGCCCGCAACUCCCCGGAGCGCAGUCAUCGAGAUGUACUUCCGAGGAGGUUUCGCGAGGGACUACCAAUGGACAGCCCAUGCGCUGGGCAUGCGCCACUUUGGCGUGAACCACGAUGUCAGCUUCACGGCGCCUGAGCUGCCCGAGGUGUUCUAUCCCGAGGGGUUCCACGGGACAGAAAUCACAGUGGAUGGGAACUAUGUGGCGGGGCUGAUUGAGGAUCGGCUGGAGGGGCGGAUAUAA